AUGGUCAUCAUGAGACACCUAUCCAUCUACUCUUCUCUGUCCCUGGCUGUGAUGCUGAUCCUACUGGGCUGUAAGCAGGAGACCCAGGCUGAGGUGGUGUAGGACUUUAACCACAUGGAGCGCUGUAAGGACUCCCUGUACAUGGGAACCCAACCGCAGGGCUAUCUCCUCUGUAACUCCCUGAAGAAGAUCUGCCAGCGCUACGAGGACAAGCUGCGCUUCGUCACCCUCUGCGACCCCCACAAACACAUCCCCAUCUACUCGGCCUAUACCUUCAAGAAGUCUGAUGGCGAGAAGAGGGUGGACUUUCUCUGGAUGUUCGAGCCACAGGUAUGUGGCAAGUAAGUGUGUGUGUUUGUGUGUUGAAUUUCUCACUUUGCUAUUAUAUCGAUAUGUUUACAUGCUCUCGAUAGUGAGUUAGAAACCCCAUGUCAUUUCAAAACAUGUUCUCUCAUGGAUGCAGAUGACUGACACCCAUUCACUAGUUGGUAAGAGAGCACUCUGCCCGCUCAUCAACAGUCAUUGAAACAUGUCAUCAUGGUCAAAAGCAUAGUUGUAUACCUAUUGAACUAAGCACAGCGGCUACAUAGUCUACCACCCACCAGUAUGAAAAUGUAUGCACUCACUAACUGUAAGUCGCUCUGAAUAAGAGCGUCUGCUAAAUGACUAAACUGUAAACUGUAACUGUAAACUGUAAGACUUGCUGAGCUGUGAGGACAAUAUUGCUGCUCUACGCAAAACGAGAUGCUGGAGGUAAGCAGCUUUAUGGGCUGUGUGAAUGGGUGUUACAAUAGGAUAUUGUUGUGAUAGCCGUUCAUGUAGGAAGCAGGUGUUGUGCAUAUGCAAAUUGAUUGAUCCUCCCCUCAUUUUCCAUCUUCAACUCUUCAUCAAAAUCCCCUCUUUCUCUUCAUCUGUCUCGAUCUCUCCCCACCUCCCUCCCUCCAUCUGUAUCCGUCUCUAUCCCCUCUCGCCCUCCUUCCCUUCCACUCGACCUCCAUCCCUUCCGCUCUCUCCCUCUGUAGUUGGAGUCAAAGAAGGGCAGCAACAACAUGGAGCCAUUCCCCCAGUCCUCCUCCCACAUGAACUUCGAGGACAGCCGUGCUGGAAGACUAUGCUGACGUGGCCCAGUACGAGAGAGGCCACCUCAAACUUGACGAGCAUCAGGCCAACCCCCUAGACAAGGCAUCCACCUACACACUGACCAACGUGGUGCCCCAGGUACGUUGGUUCAGUCUGCACAUUUUAAAGAAGGUUUGGUGUGUCUACCUUAAACCGUUUCAGUGCAGGAGAGGGUGGAAGAUGAAUAAUCAUUAGAAGACGUAUGGGGAAUAUAAGUAUUGUUCUUGCUUCUUGCUGCAGAUCUGCGAGUUCAACAUCGGGCCCUGGGCCGAGCACGAGGACCUCAUCACCAAGCGUCUCAACAACUACUGA